AUGGGUCCCUCAGAGAAACAGAAGGCCCCCCCUUCAAUUGCACCAGCCAUGCUAAUUCCUGACCCUGAUGGAGCCACUUUCCAAGCCAUGUUAUUGGCCCCUAAGCCCCGUCCAGCUGCAGCAACAACAUCAGCAAUGGAAGGA